AUGUCGACCAUUUCAAGCACCGUGGCUACCCUUAUUGGUGGUGUCGCAGAGGCUCCCCCGAAACUCCAUGCGAAAAAGUCGUCGAUCCACUCUACUGGCCCUAUACAGACAAACAGUCCAAACUGCAGAAGCGUUCCCAGCCUGACGACAACGCCACUCCGACCCUCUCUGAAAAGAAGUGUCACGAGUGGUAGCCAGAGAAGAUCCAUCCCGAGCAAGGUCCAUGUCGACACGCGGGCGUUCAGCGGACAGGCCGCUCUCGACACCCCUCGAUCCUUUCAGCAGCUGUACGGCGAGCAGGCCUAUCUCCUGGCCUCCCGCGUAUUGGAGGAACAACGAUCGCGCGAGCUUGAUGAGGUCGCCUUGCCACCCUCUAGGAAAGUCUGGACGGCGAAUGCCCCCUUCAUCAGUCCCGCUAGUUGA